AUGGCCCAACAAGCUGCUCAAGACUUGGAGAAUACUUGGCGGAAGCUAUCUGAGGGCCUCCAUCAAAUCAUGAACAAGUUGGAAGAGGGAUUGACAAACCACAAAUAUGUAGAGUUAUACACCCUCAUUUACAAUUACUGUACAAGCAGUCGUAUGACUGGUGCUAACGAGCUUCCGUUUACUGCUCAAGCUGGAGGUCAUCGAGGAGCAAAUCUGAUGGGCAAAGAUCUGUACGAAAAGCUAAAGGACUACCUCAAAACCCACCUUCAAGGAAUGCUUACAUCAUCUGAACAACACAUGGAUGAAUCCCUCCUCAUAUUCUACACCAGACAAUGGAGUCGUUACACUACAGCUUCAACACUGGUGCACCACAUCUUUCGAUACUUGAAUCGUCAUUGGGUAAAGAGGGAGAUUGAUGAAGGUCACAAGACUAUAUACGAUGUGUACACAUUAUCACUGGUGUCAUGGAGAGACAACUUCUUCAUGCCACUGCAAGCCAAUGUCAUGAAAGCCGUUCUCGGUUUGAUUGAGAAACAAAGGAAUGGAGAGCAAAUAGACAAUGGCCUCAUAAAGAGUGUGGCUGACAGUUUCGUGUCAUUGGGAUUAGAUGAAUCUGAUUCAUCCAAGUCGACUUUGGAAGUCUACAAGCAAUACUUUGAGACUCCAUUCGUCGAUGCAACAGAAAUAUACUACAAGGCAGAAUCCGAAAAGUUCAUCACUGACAACACCAUAACAGAUUAUAUGAAGAAGGCGGAAAGUCGAUUGCUUGAAGAAGAAAACCGUGUACCAUUGUAUUUAAAUCCCAGUACCAGCAAGCCUCUCAUCAAACGCUGCGAAACCGUCCUCAUCGCCAAUCACACCAAUCCCAUCCAAGAGGAAUUCCAAACUCUUCUCGACCAAGAUAAAACCGAAGACCUCUCCCGUAUAUACAACCUCCUCUCGCGUGUCGAUAAUGGCUUGUCGAAACUGAUUAAUAUCUUUGAAAACCACGUACGUAAACAAGGUCUGGAAGCUGUACAGAAAGUUGCCGAAGCUGCAGCUUCACAAGCAGCUAGUGGUAAAGGUGGCGAUGACGAAGACGGUGAAGAAGACGAAAAACCAGCACCUUCCAAGAGCACAGCUGCUGCCGCCGCUGCCAAAAAGAAGCAAGCUGCCGGAUCAGACAUUGAUCCCAAAGUCUAUGUCGAAGCACUAUUGGCAGUCCACUCCAAAUAUCAGACUUUGGUAUCAAAGGCAUUCAAAGCAGACAGUGGCUUUGUCGCUGCUUUGGACAAAGCUUGUCGUGAAUUCGUCAAUAGGAAUCAUGUCUGCAAGGAAGGUUCACAGAAGAGUCCACAAUUACUAGCUCAAUACUGUGACUCCUUGUUGCGUAAAGGUGGUAAAGUGGCAGAGGAAACUGAAGUUGAAGAAGUAUUGAACCAGAUUAUGACGGUAUUCAAAUAUGUCGAAGACAAGGAUGUAUUCCAAAAGUUCUACUCAAAGAUGCUUGCCAAACGUCUGGUCAACUCCACUUCAUCUUCUGAAGAUUCGGAAUCCAUGAUGAUUUCGAAACUCAAGGAUGCUUGUGGUUAUGAGUACACAUCCAAGCUGCAACGAAUGUUUACUGAUGUGAACGUUUCAAAGGACUUGAAUGAUGAAUUCAAGGGCUUCUUGGAGAGGCAAAUGGAUGGAAAAGAUGCAUUCGAUGCUCAUAUUCAAGUAUUAGGAUCAGCUGCUUGGCCACUCAAUCCACCUUCUACACCGUUCAACUUGCCUACGGACUUGACCAAGACAUUCGAACUCUUCCAAAAGUUCUAUAGCAACAAGCACUCUGGUCGAAAGUUGACUUGGCUCUUCCAAAUGUCAAAGGGAGAACUCAAGACCAACUAUGUCAAGGGUGAAAAGGGUGCUAAAGGAACAUACACCUUUAUGGUUUCCAAUUAUCAAAUGGGUAUUCUGCUACAAUACAAUGCAGGGGACAAGUAUACAUUCUCCGAAUUGGAGUCUGCUACCAGCUUGUCUCCUGAAGUCUUGACUGGUAAUCUGAACAUCUUGACCAAGUCUCGAGUCUUGAUUUGUGAAACUCCUACAGUAACCAAGGAUUCCGUCUUCAAGCUCAACUUUGACUUUAAGAAUAAGAAAUUAAAAGUCAACUUGAACAUUCCCAUCAAGUCUGAGCAAAAGACUGAAACGGAAGAGACUCAUAAGAUUGUGGAGGAAGAUCGUCGUAUGCUCAUUCAGGCUGCUAUUGUACGUAUCAUGAAGACUAGGAAACUCUUGAAGCACAAUGCUCUAAUUGCUGAAGUAAUUGAGCAACUCAAGGCUCGUUUCCAACCGAAGAUCCCAGAUAUUAAGAAGGCGAUUGAUGUAUUGCUGGAAAAGGAAUAUUUGGAGCGAAGUGAUACUGACAAGGACACCUUCUCAUAUGUGGCCUGA